AUGCCUCUUACCGGGGUAAAGAAUGUUGUUUUGGUCCUUUCCGGCAAAGGAGGUGUAGGCAAAUCCUCCGUCACACUGCAACUGGCCCUCGCGCUCUCGCUCCAAGGCAAAUCGGUCGGAAUCCUCGACAUCGACCUGACAGGACCUUCAAUGCCACGACUAGUCGGACUUGAAGAUGCAAAGAUCACACAAGCGCCAGGCGGGUGGAUGCCAGUACCUGUUCACGGGACUGAAUCCGCAGCUGAAGCCGAUGGCUCAGCGCCCUCAACACAACCCCAGCGCGGUUCACUCCGCUGUAUGUCCCUGGGUUUCCUCCUCCGCGAUCGCGGCGAUGCAGUCAUCUGGCGUGGACCAAAGAAAACGGCCAUGAUCCGACAAUUCCUCUCAGAUGUGUUCUGGGGCCCGACUGAUUACCUGCUCAUCGAUACCCCUCCCGGAACGAGUGACGAGCACAUUGCACUGGCUGAGCAGCUGCUCACGCUCUCCACUACAGACGCAGCGGCGGCUGCGCAAACAGGCUUGCCUCGACUUGCUGGUGCGGUUCUUGUUACGACGCCGCAGGCUGUGGCGACCUCGGACGUGCGUAAAGAGGCGAACUUCUGCGUUAAGACUAAUAUUCCUGUGCUUGGGGUUAUCGAGAAUAUGUCUGGGUAUGCUUGCCCCUGCUGUGGGGAGUGGGGAGGACAGGUGAUGGCCCAGGAAUUAAGUCUUCCAUUUAUGGGCAGCGUGCCUAUUGAUGUGAAAUUCGGAGAAUUGAUAGAAGGGAAGAUGGAGGCAGGGGAUAGUGAUGAGGAUGAUGAGGACGAGGAGAGCCCCAAGACUCAACCACAAGAUACUCCAGCCGAGCCUGAUGACCGGCCGCUCGUUGAACGAUACCGGGAUACCUGGUCUUAUCCUCGAUUCGAAGGGUUCGCGAAGACCCUUAUAAGCAGCAUUGAGGGCCCCGCUGCCGUGUAG